AUGGAUAAGGAAGAAUUUAACAAAAUUCUGAUUGAUGAAUUAAAAUUACUUUUCUUAAAAACAAGAAGCCCUUCAUACGAUUUCUUAGAAAUAUUAUUAAAAUCAAUAAAUCCUGCAAUGAACUAUAGUCAAAUUGAAGAAUACAUCAAAAUUUGCAAGGGAAAAUUUUCAGAUUUUAGGUAUAAUUACAAAAAAGAAAUUUUAAAUAAAGCGCGAAAUCUUGAGGGUUAUUUUAGAAAUAUUAAGUUAGAAGAAUUCGAAAGUUUGUUAAAUGAUAUUAUUACUGAAAAUGAUUGCAGACAGAUUCUUGCUUCACAUCUUUCUUGUGUAUAUAAAGAAUCUUUUGAGGGUAAUGAAGUAUCUUUAAAUGAGCUUACUAAUUUUGUUACAAAAAAAAAAAAAAUGCCACCCAAAAAAUCUAAUCAAAAAAUACUACCUAACGCACAAAACACGUCAAAAGAAUGUGAAAGUAACUCGAAAAGAACUUCAAAUGUCGAAGACGAGGAAACUGUUAAAAAAAGAGGUUCAAAAAAACCACGACCUAAUGCUGCUGAAAAUAGUACCGUAAAAAUUACAGUUCCCGAAGAUCUUGACUAUAGUGUGAGCGAAGAAAGUGAUGUUGGUUUAGAGGAGGAUAAACUUAUUCCACUUAACCCGGAUAACAUUAUUAAUCUGGAAGAAGAAAGUGAGAUUAAAAAAAACAAUAUUAAUUUAGAAUCAUAUAGCGAAUUCCAAAUCGCAAAUUUCGUUGCAGAUCAUCUGUCAAUUUUAAAAUUAGCAAACGUACUUCGUGAUUCAAAAGAAACGCCAGCAGGGAAUUCAGUAAAUGAGUCAUUAAAUAUUCAAAAUGAGAAGAAAACCAUGGACAAAAAUAAAAAGCUUUUAAUUCAAGAAUUGAAGCUGUUGUUCCUUAGAUGUAGGAUAGCAAAUUCUCACAUUUUUAAUUCAAUCAUUUCUGCAACCCAUCCGCAUUUACGAACUGAACUUUACAGAGAUGAAGCUAAAGAACUUCGUCGUGAAUGUGGCCUAAAAAUGUCAGACUUUCAGUUCAAAUUUAUAGCAACUUUGACCGAAAUGGCUCGCACUUUUAUUGAUAGUGGUGAAAAGGUAGAAGAUUUUAUUGGAGAUUCGUGGAGAAAUAUUUUGGGCUUGCAUCUUAAAGCCAUUAACAAAAUGAAGUUCGAAGCAAUGAAGGAAGAUCAUAAAAGGCUCCACAAUUUUGUGCUGAAAUCGUUUAAAGCUGUAGUAGAUUAUGAACAAAAAAAAUCCACAAUAAGUCCUAAAGACAUUAUAAAAGAUACUUUAAACCAUAUUACGAUCAAUAUAAAAGUUCCUUCAUUUUCGGGUCAUGAUAUUGUAAACAAUUUAAAUAUCGAAGAUUUAAUUAAGUAG